AUGCAUCGUCUUAUUUUGGGGCAUUCUUUCGUCGAGCUCGUGGCACUAAUCCUUCUCCUUGGGCUCGCGUCGUUCUAUUUCCUCAAUAAGAAGAAAGCUAAUGUGCAUGGAAAUGCAGAAAAUUCUGAUACUGGCACAUGUGAUUCGUUGACUACACCGACGGAAACUAAUUCUAGUGUAUCUAGUUCGACUCCAAUAGAAACUACCAAUGGUGUAUCUAGUUCGUCGACCGAAUCGUCUGGAAACUAUUACGACGUGUUUUUGAGCUUUAGCGGUAAAGAUACUCGAAAUAGCUUCACCGGUCACCUCUACCAUAAGCUCAUUGACGCUGGAAUCUCUACUUUCAGAGACAAUAACGAACUCCACCAAGGCAAGAAGAUCGGCCCAGAUCUUUUUGCAGCCAUUGAGAAUAGUAAGAUCUCGAUUCCCGUUCUCUCCGUGAAUUAUGGUACAAGUAAUUGGUGUCUAAAUGAAUUGGUUCGAAUGAUGGAGUGCCAAUUUAAGACGGAGCAUAUAGUGUUGCCUAUAUUCUACAAAGUGCAACCAUCACACGUGCGAGAUCAAACUGGAGAUUUUGGAGAUGCGUUCCUUGAGUAUGAGGGCUGUUUGCUCGAUGAGGGUUUCGACCCAAUGAGAUUGGAGAAAUGGAAGAAAGCACUCACUGACGUCAGCGGCUUGAAAGGGUGGCCAGUCACGGGGCCUGAAGGAGAAUUGGUGAACUCGGUUGUUCAAGAAGUGUUAAAUGAGCUGUUUGAAAAGUUUGAGUUGGAUACUCCUGAGAAUUUGACUGGAAUUGAUAGUCAUGUGGAGAAGGUUAUGAAAUCUGUAGCUAAUAAUUCUCAUGCCCCCUAUUUGUUGGCAUCCAUGGAAUGGGAGGCAUUGAAUAGCUUAAUCAAUGAUAUCCUGAAGAAAAAAGAUCAAGUUCGUGAUAAGGAUGCAGGGAUUAAGUACCUCUCAUCCAUUGAAAAGUAA